AUGGCGGAAUCACGAGAUAACAAGGCCUACAAAUAUCGCCAGGAAAUCAGUCAGAUGAUGUAUGUUUCUGGCGAAACUGCAGAGCCUCCCGUCGAAACUACGAGUAUCAUCGAGGAUAUCGUGCGCCAACAAGUCAUAGAACUGCUCCGAAACUGCACCGAGCUCGCCUCGCGUCGCGGCUCAAAAUCAAUCAGCAUCAACGAUCUUAUCUUUCAGAUUCGCCACGACCAGGCAAAAGUUUCUCGUCUACGCACUUUCUUGUCAUGGAAAGACGUCCGCAAGAACGUCAAGGACUCAGACGACAAGGGCGCAGACGCCGAUCUCGCAGCUGGUGAUGACCCAGUCGCGACGGGCGACAACACCACAGAUGAAGCAUCCAAGAAAAACAAAAAGGCAAAGGUCGGUCUGCCUUGGGAACCCUCGUCGUACUACAACGUAGAGGUGCCCGAGCGUGAAGACGAGGAGGAUGAGGAAGAGGAGGAGAUGAAUUACAUCACGCUGCAGCGACUACGCAAGGCCGAUGAGCGCACCAAAGCCAUGACCAAGGAAGAGUACGUGACGUGGUCUGAAUAUCGACAAGCCUCGUUCACGUACCGAAAGGGCAAGCGAUUUCGAGAGUGGGCGGGUUUCGGUAUUGUCACCGACAGCAAACCAUCAGAUGAUAUUGUAGACAUCCUCGGUUUUCUGACCUUUGAAAUGGUCCAGACCCUGACCGAGAUGGCGCUCAAGGUCAAGGAACAAGAAGAUCUGGUCCGCGCCCAGAACGGAGGAGACAACCUCGGUACUGCGAAGAAGCGAAAACACGAGGGUGCCUUGUUCGACUUUCCCAGUGAGGGCAAAACGCCUAUUGAGCCCCGACACGUUCAGGAAGGGUCUCGGAGGUUGCAGCAGCGGCCCAAGAAGUCAAGGGCUAUGCUGAACGGGACUCGAAUUUCACAACACACGCCACUCAACAUCUUCUAA